AGUGGACACACGAGUGAAAUGUUAGAGUUGAGACAAAGAAGACAGAAAAGAAGGUAGCUCAGUCUCGGGUCGGGUGUCUCUGAAAUUGUGUGAUCAUGGAUGAAAUCCAACACAAAUUCGUCGACGUGGGAGAUCUCAAACUCCACAUAGCAGAAAUUGGAACCGGUCCAAACGUGGUCGUAUUCCUCCACGGUUUCCCGGAGAUAUGGUACUCCUGGCGCCACCAGAUGAUAGCCGUCGCCGGUGCCGGUUUCAGAGCUAUUGCUUUUGAUUACAGAGGAUACGGACUAUCCGACUCGCCACCUGAACCGGAAAAGACCACCUUCACUCAUCUUCUCAAUGACCUCCUUGCAAUUCUUGAUGCUCUUUCUCUUUCCAAGGUGUUUCUUGUUGGAAAAGAUUUUGGAGCUCGUCCUGCAUAUUUGUUUUCCAUUCUGCACCCAGAAAGGGUCUUGGGAGUUAUCACUUUGGGAGUUCCUCAUGUUCCACCAGGCCCCUCUAGGUAUCAUAAAAUCCUCCCUGAAGGCUUCUACAUUUUGAGAUGGCAGAAACCAGGAAGGGCAGAGGCUGAUUUUGGACGUUUUGAUGCCAAGACUGUCGUGCGAAACGUUUACAUCCUUUUCUCAAAAAGUGAAGUACCAAUAGCUGAUGAAAACCAGGAAAUCAUGGAUUUGGUGGAACCUGGUACUCCUCUUCCAUCUUGGUUCUCUGAAGAGGAUCUUGCAGCAUAUGGAGCUUUGUAUGAAAAAUCUGGAUUCCAAACUGCAUUGCAGGUUCCAUACAGGUCGUUUGGUGAAGACUUUAACUUGCCGGAUCCUGUAGUCAAAGUUCCAGCAUUACUGAUAAUGGGUGGCAAGGAUUAUGUUUUCAAGUUUCCAGGGAUUGAGGAUUUAACUAAGGGUGAAAAGGCUAAAGAGCUUGUUCCCAAUCUGGAGGUUACAUUUAUUCCAGAGGGAACACAUUUUGUUCAAGAACAAUUUCCCGAACAGGUGAAUCAACUUAUCCUUGACUUCCUUGCCAAACACACUUGAAGUUUGGUCGUGCACUAAAUGGUGUGUUUGUGUGUGGUUUAGCAAGUGUGGAGUGUGGGAAAUUUUGCCAGUGAACUUUGCUGGUUGGACUUUUUUUUUUUUUUAUACCAAAUUUGCUAGUUGGACUUGGUCAGUUGUACUUCUUGUGAAGGGGACUCCUUAAAUAAGGGAUUGUGAAUUGUGUAUUUGUCUACUUGGUACUCGGAGAACAUAUUGAAGUGACCUAAAAAUAUAUGCAUUUUCUCCCUUUUCUUUUUUA